AUGAGCCCCACCUUGUUCAUUGAGAAUGGUCCAACCGUAAAAAGCUCCAAUCUGCUUCAGGCUUACAAGGUUCAUGGUCAGCCCCACUAUGUGUUUGACGAAAUAUUCGCCCCGGAUUGUUCGACCCCGCUCUCGUCCGCAGAUGUACUGGAAGAUUUCGGACGGACCAGGCGUGAUGGGGGGAAAGCAAACGAUAAUUCAUCUCCUGUAGGAGGCGGAAGUCUGGGAGAUUUCGAGAUUACCGCGCUUGCCGGUGCCAUGGCGGGAUUUCUUGCGGGCGUUAUCGUCUGUCCUCUCGACGUCGCCAAGACGAGAUUGCAAGCGCAAGGGUUACGUCCGGCGUCCAUCAAUUACUACAACGGUAUUGUUGGGACUUUGAGUACAAUUGUACGGGACGAAGGAGUGCGAGGUUUAUACAAAGGUCUAGUGCCAAUAGUCAUGGGCUAUUUUCCCACAUGGAUGAUAUACUUCACGGUUUACGAGAAAAGCAAGAAACGCUAUCCACAAUUAUUUCCGUCUUCUGAUUUUCUUUCGCAUUCAUUGUCGGCUUUGACGGCCGGCUCUAUAUCCACUAUUUUGACAAACCCCGUGUGGGUGGUCAAGACCAGACUCAUGCUGCAGACGCAUGUAGACAAGCAUUCCACGCAUUACAAAGGCACGUUCGAUGCCUUCUACAAGAUAUACACUACAGAAGGUUUCAAGACUUUUUACGCAGGGCUACUACCAUCGCUAUUUGGGUUGUUGCACGUAGCCAUUCAUUUCCCCAUAUAUGAGAAGCUCAAAGUAUGGCUCCGCUGUUCACCGUCCUUCGUUGAUUCCGAUGACCACAAAUUAGAUUUAUUCCGUCUGAUAACCGCAUCUAGCAUAUCCAAGAUGGUCGCUAGCACACUCACGUACCCGCAUGAAAUUCUUCGCACGCGGAUGCAGCUAAAAGCGCCCCCGAUAGACAAGAAGAACACUCCGCAAAUCGCCACACAUCAUGCCCUCAUUCGGCUUGUUCAUCGCACUUAUACAAAAGAGGGAUUGAGAGGCUUCUACUCAGGUUUUACUACAAAUCUCGUCAGAACUGUACCUGCCUCGGCGAUUACUUUGGUAUCUUUUGAGUAUUUUAGAAGAUAUUUGACCUCGAUCAACGACAGUUUCGCACUAUAA